AUGGAGGAGAAGCGGAAGCUUCCAUUCUUUCGCUCCACUAACCCAAUUGACCGCCGCCGCAAAUCCACCGUCCACUGGCAUCGCGGGCUCCGCUCAUUCCUCUACCUCGUUGCUUGGAUCUUCCUCGUCCUAGUCGUCAUUGGCAACAUCGCAGACAAGCCAGUGCUGCGAAACACCUAUUUCCUAUAUCUCGAUCUGUCCAACAUCAUCCCCGUCUCCAUCCCCAAUGCCGUCUUGAUCAACUCCAUCGCCCAGACCAUUGGUCUGCACGACUUCUACCAGGUGGGCAUGUGGAACUACUGUGAGGGGUACAAUGCCGAUGGAAUCACCCACUGCUCCAAGCCAGAGACCCUCUACGCCUUCAACCCAGUCGACAUCAUCUUGAGCGAGCUCCUGUCCGGCGCAAGUAUUGCCCUCCCCUCGGACAUCGAAGAGCCACUCAACCUAGCCCGCGUCGCCUCCCACUGGAUGUUCGGACUUCUCCUCGCCGCCGCCGUCCUGAACUUCGUCCUCAUCUUCGUGGCUCCCCUCGCCGUCUCCGCCCGACACCCCCGCUACAUCAAAGACUGGGCCGCCGGCCACAACAGCGAGAAUGGCACGACUGCCGAACCACCACACCGUCGCCGAACCUUCUUCUGGCUCCGCGCUCUACCAAUGCUCAUCCUCACAUUCUUCACAGCCCUCGUGACCAUCGUGGGCUCCGCCGUCGCAACAGUCAUGUUCGUCAUCUUCGCGAACGUCUUCGCAAACGCAGACCCAAGCAUCAACAUCAAAGCCCACGUCGGCACCCAAAUGAUGGUCUUCAUGUGGAUUGCCUCUGCCUUCUCCUUGAUCGCCUUCAUUAUCCAAAUCGGCUCCUGCUGCGCCGCCUGCUGUCGGGGCCGCAAGGCCCGUAAGCAGCUGAAGUCUCAGGGCGUGAACCCGCGUGAGAAGGGCUCCGCCCAUACCAGUGUUACUGAUUCCCCGCUGCAGCCGACAGAUCAGGCUGUGUCGUCCGGGAGAGAUGUGCACUCGGUUAGUCCUGAGGAGCGGCGGCCGAGCUCGAGUGGUCAUGCCUCCGCGAAUGGGCAUGAGCAGCACUUUGAGAGUGGGAAUGGUUAUGCGGAGCAUAACGGUGCCUACCCUCAAUAUUCAACUGAGCCCCAUGCUGUCUCGAAAUGA